UUUUUGUUUUUCUAAUAUACCACCUCACAUUUUUUUUACUUUUGUACAGUAUUCUGCUCCUGUUCUGUACUUCAUUGUGAAUAAAGUUUGUUUAAAAAAAAAUAUAAAUCAAAUACCUUUUUCCUGUCCAAAAACAAAAACAAAACAAACAAAAAACAGUUUUUGUCUUUUUAUUGUAUUUGCUUUUUAGAAAAGAGACAAAAUUUGUAAACGUUAAUAAUAAAAUCAGUUUAGGUUUAAUAGUUUUAAUAAAAUAAAAUAAAUUAAAUUAAUAAAUCUACAAAAAAUCUUAAAUAAUCUUAGUAUGACUAAAAUGUAUAUAGUUUAUUUCAUAUUUCAGCUCUGGUUCAACGUUUAAUCUAAUUCUGUUAUCUAGGGCCUCGUGCGUGGUCUCGUGCGGGGAGGGAGGGGCUGAUGUGACUGUGAGCACGCGGCGGCAGUAGCAGCGGCGGGAAGCGCAGGAGGAAGCGGCGACUGGGAUUCCUCUCCCCGGGGUGAAGAUAUGUCCAAAGCGGAGGUGCUGAAGGCGCAGGUCCGGCAGCGGCUGGCGGCCGCCGCAGAGGAGAUCUUCGGCCUGUUCGAGGCGGUUAUCGCGGAGUAUGAGGAGCAGACGGAGCGCCAGCGCAGUCGCAGUUCAUGGCAGCAGGAAGAGGCGCGUGCGGAGCAGCAGAAAGCACGAGCAGAUGUUUCCCAAACUGUUGUGAGGGAUGAAGGAUUUCUUCCUGAGCACCAAGACAAGAUCGUCCAGGUGGAACAGGAACAUCUCAAGCCUGCUUACAUCAAAGAGGAAGAGGAGCAGAUCCUGGUGGAGGCUGGGCUCACCUACCCAGUACCUUUGAGGAGCGAAGAAGCUGACGAGAAUCCUCAUCCUCCUCUGCUUCACCAAAACCCAACCAAAGAAGAAGCAAACUGUGAAGCGGCAGAACCAGAACAAAGGAACCAAAUCCCAGACUUCUCCAAGCCUGAGGCUGAACUAAGAGUCCACAUCAGACCCUUCCAGAAACCUCCAAACUUUCCCAAAAACUCUGAUCUGAGCUGCAAACCGUUUUGCUGCUCUGCAUGUGGAAGAAGGUUCAGCCAGAACUCAAAUUUGAAGACGCACAUGAGAAUCCACACAGGAGAGAAGCCCUUCGCCUGCUCGUACUGCAACAAGCGCUUUGUCCAGAAGGUGCACCUCAAGUCCCACAUGGUGCGCCACACACAAGAAAAACUGCUCGGCUGCAGCGCUUGUGGCCAGAGAUUCAGCUGGGUUUACCAGCUCAGAAACCAUCGGUGUGCAAACACAGAGCAGAACUCCGACAAAGCAGAAGAAGCUGAAACUGCUGCACAUGAAGGAUCAGCGUCUGCUGAAAGUUUUCAGUCACAACAGGAGAGUUCCUACGUUUCUGCUCCUCAGAUGCUCCUCAAAGACAUCAGUAAAGGUUUUACCCAGAAGCACCACCUGCAGGGUGACACAGCAGAAAGAGGCUUCAGUUGCUCGGUUUGCUCCCGAGUUUUUCUCUGGAAAAGGCAACUGCAGAGACACAUGAGCAGCCACGCCGGAGUGACGGGGCUCAGCUGCAGCGCCUGCAGCAAAACCUUCGCUUUGCCUCAUCAGCUCAGACUCCACCAGUGUGUCCGCGGAGACCCCCCGCGGCCGGACCCCAGCCAAACCAGAGAACCCGGCCUCCCCGGACGCCGCGGCGUGAAGCUGUUCCCCUGCUUUCAGUGCGGGAAGGCGUUCGGCCUCAAGAACUCGCUGCUGCGACACCUGCGCUGCCACGUGGGGGAAAAGACGUUCGGCUGUGGAAAGCAGUUCAGAGACAGAGGAAACAUGGAGCAGCACGUGGUCACCCACACGGGGGGAAACGCUUCAGCUGCACGUCCUGCCACCAACAACUCUGUUGGCAUAAGCAGCUCAAGAGGCAGAAAUGUGGCGUCCAGCAGCCUGGACAGCAACUAAUUUAUCAGAAAACACUGUGAUGAUUUCAUGGCCGUCUAAACGUGGAGCCCAGGACUGUUAAAGUCUUAUUCUGAUCAUCUUUUAGACUAUUUCAAAACCGUUCUCAGUGUUUUUUUCAUUUGUUUUCUUUUUUAAUUCAAUUUCUAAUCUAAUCUAAAAAAAUCUUUUUGUUAGGAUUAUGCUGU